AUGGGGCUUGGAAAAACUGUGAUGACGAUUGCUCUGAUACUUGCAAGACCUGGCAGAGGAAGCCUUAAUAGCCAAAACAUACUCAUAGAGGCGGCGGAUGAUACUGAAUAUAUAAAGAGAAAGAAGAAAGAUUCUGAUGCNAUACUUGCAAGACCUGGCAGAGGAAGCCUUAAUAGCCAAAACAUACUCAUAGAGGCAGCGGAUGAUACUGAAUAUAUAAAGAGAAAGAAGAAAGAUUCUGAUACACAAGUGCCACUAAAAGUUAAAGGCGGCACUCUCAUUGUUUGUCCCAUGGCUUUGCUCGGCCAGUGGAAUGACGAGCUUGGAACCCAUUCAAAGCCAGAAAGCAUUUCAAUUUUUGUUCACUAUGGUGGGAAUAGAAGCAAUGAUCCCAAGGUUAUUGCAGAACCUGAUGUGGUCUUAACAACAUAUGGCGUCUUAACUGCAGCUUAUAAAAUUGACGAGCUUGGAACCCAUUCAAAGCCAGAAAGCAUUUCAAUUUUUGUUCACUAUGGUGGGAAUAGAAGCAAUGAUCCCAAGGUUAUUGCAGAACCUGAUGUGGUCUUAACAACAUAUGGCGUCUUAACUGCAGCUUAUAAAAUUGAUGGAGAGAACAGCAUUUUCCAUAGAGUUGAGUGGCAUCGGGUAGUGUUAGAUGAAGCCCAUACUAUCAAAGCUUCAAGGACUCAAGGUGCUCAGGCUGCCUUCACGUUGUCUUCGUAUUGCCGCUGGUGUCUAACUGGAACACCUCUUCAGAGGCCUUAUGAGAAUGGUGAUCAGAGAGGGCUGAAAUUGAUCAAGUCUAUUCUGAGGCCAUUGAUGUUGAGAAGAACAAAAGACACAAAGGAUAAAGAGGGAAGGCCCAUACUUGUCCUUCCUCCAACUGAUAUCCAAGUCAUUGACUGUGAACAAACAGAAGCUGAACAUGAUUUUUAUGAUGCCCUCUUCAGGAGAUCAAAAGUCCAGUUUGACCAGUUUGUGGCACAAGGCAAAGUUCUUCACAAUUAUGCAAAUAUUCUUGAGCUGCUGCUUCGAUUGAGGCAGUGUUGCAACCACCCAUUUCUUGUUAUGAGCCGAGGUGAUUCACAAGAAUAUGCUGACCUGAACAAACUUGCCAGAAGGUUCCUUGAGGUGAAUCCUGAUUCUGCCUCUCAUAAAGUUCCAAGUGAAGCAUAUGUUCAAGAGGUUGUUGAGGGUCUCCGGCAGGGUGAAAACACAGAGUGCCCUAUAUGCCUGGAGUCUGCAGAUGACCCUGUGCUCACACCUUGUGCACAUAGGAUGUGCAGGGAGUGUCUUUUCUCAUGCUGGCGAACACCGUCAUGUGGGCUAUGCCCAAUAUGUAGGCAACUGAUUAAGAAAACUGAACUCAUUACCUGCCCAUCUGCAAACCGGUUCAGAGUUGAUGUUGAGAAGAACUGGAAGGAGUCUUCCAAGGUUUCAAAGCUCUUGGAUUGCUUGGAACGUACAAUUCAUUCAGGUUCUGGAGAAAAGAGCAUUGUCUUUAGCCAGUGGACUUCUUUUUUGGAUCUUUUGGAGAUCCCCCUCAAGAGAAGAGGAAUUUUGUUCUUAAGGUUUGAUGGGAAAUUGUCUCAAAAACAAAGAGAGAGGGUCUUAAAGGAGUUCAGUGAGACCAGAGACAAAAUGGUAUUGUUAAUGUCACUGAAAGCUGGUGGUGUGGGCUUGAAUUUGACUGCAGCUUCUAAUGUUUUUCUCAUGGAUCCAUGGUGGAAUCCUGCAGUAGAGGAACAGGCGAUAAUGCGAAUUCAUCGUAUUGGUCAAAAAAGAACAGUUUGCGUUAGAAGAUUCAUUGUCAAGGACACGGUGGAAGAGCGGAUGCAACAAGUUCAAGCAAGAAAGCAACGGAUGAUAGCUGGAGCCCUCACCGACGAGGAAGUCCGAUCAGCUAGGAUUGAAGAACUUAAAAUGCUUUUCAGAUGA